CACCCUAACUACAGCACACCCGGCGACCGAAAGCGCUAUGCUGCGUAUCCGAUCUGACAGCGCAGAUACAUGCAAAUAAUAAUACCGCCGAAAAUAUAAAAAAAUUCCAAGAUGUAACAGUAACAGUAGCAAUCUCCAGUUCAGUUGGCAGCAAACCAUGUUGCGUCUUGUCUCACUCUCCAUUGUGGUCUGUGGCACCGUGUUAGCCGCUGUCUCGCUGCAAGCCAGGCUCAACAACAAGAGACCGUAUGAACAGGCCAUCGGCAGUAUUGCGGACGAAAGAGGCAUUCCAGACAGGAAGAAAGAAGCAAAGACAGAACCGGCAGACACGUCGGAUCGAUCCAAGGAGAAUGUCGCCUGGUUCUUAGCCAAACAUGGGCGACAGCUCAAGCGAAUCGCAGGAACCAAGCCACGAAUUGAUCUCAUGACGGCAGAGAAUUGGAUCAUGCGCGACCGGAUUGUUGCCAUCUACAAGAAGAAUCUGGAGGACUGCGUUGAGCCAAAGACGCUCUCCUAUAUGCCUGGCUUAGGUGGUGAUCCUGAGCUCUUCGAGGCGGCUGCUUCUUUCAUCAACCGCUUUUUCAAGCCAUGCAAGCCUGUUACUGCGAAGCAAAUGGUUGCAGGAGCGGGCUGCAAUGCCAUUAUUGAAAAUCUGCUGUACGAUAUCUGUGACAGAGGCGAUGGACUCUUGAUUGAGGUUCCCUACUGGGCUGGAUUUGAAACAUGCUUUGUCCUGCGCACCCAGGUCCAGCAAGUCCAUGUAUACCCUCCUUCGUCAUCUUCACCCGAAGCACUGGUCGGCGAGUAUCAAAAGGCAUUGGCGCAGGCAAAUCGGCCCAUCAAGGCCCUUUUGUUUUGCAACCCGCAUAAUCCCAAGGGCACAGUGUAUCCUCAAUCGCACAUUGAGGCGCUUCUUCGGUUCUGUGAGCAAAACGACCUGCACUUUAUAUCCGAUGAGAUUUACGGCCUGUCCGUUUUCAACACCAAAGACACAGGAGGCUUUGUUUCUGUGCUCCAAAUAGACCUUGAGGCACUUGGCGUGAAUCCCAACCGGGUACAUAUGGUGUACAGCAUCAGCAAAGACCUUGGCAGCAGUGGUUUGCGUACUGGAUUCCUCGUCACGCAGACCCAUGAUAAAUUGCGGCUGUCCGCAGCAAUCGCCAAUCACUCACAUGUCUCGACGCUAAACUCGGCCGCCAUCACGCGCUUGUUACGUGACGACGCGGCCAUGGAUAGCCUUAUAGCUGACACACGCACCGGUCUUGCGGAAGCUGCGCGCACCAUGGCCAAUUUUCUUUCUUUUCAUAAACAGGAGUUUCUCCCUCCAGUUGCUGGUGUGUUUGUUUGGGCUCGUUUAGGCGGUAGUCAAUGCACUUGGGCGCAAGAGUCGCAGCUUCAGGAUAGGCUGGAGGAGUGCGGAGUGUCUAUGAGCGCUGGUUCAGGCUAUUAUGCUGUGGAGCCAGGCUGGUUUAGAUUGAACUUUGCGUUGGAAAAGGAUACCAUGCUUCAGGCGAUGAGGAAUAUUGAGGAUGCACUUGGGCUGACACAGCGAUGGAGCCCCAAGGCGGAAUGACGUGGUAUCGCAUUCACAGUUUCACCCUCUCCUCUUUCUUUUUCCUUCUUUCUUUGACUUUUCGUUUUUAUUGAUUUUACAUUCAUUAGUAUCGAAUAUUUUCUAUAGUUUUCUCUGAAACCUGUAUAUAUCUCUACACUUCUAUAUGCCAUUCGUAGCCUCUGUCUUGUCUUGAAGUCUUCGUUUUCCUUCCUUGACAAGCAUAUCGCGUAUAUCGUCCGUCCAUCUUGUUGUAAUGUCGUCCAACGCUGGCCGAAUAGACGGGUUUCUUUGAAGACUUGCAGCCACGGCAUCCACAUGGUCCAUGACACGCAGGAUAUUCAAGCCAAGAACCUGCUUUACUUCGUCGUCCGUCACACCCAGCCCAAGGAGCCUUUCCACCAAGGCUGGAUAGUCUGUGACUUGAUCUAGUCUUAAAGGACCCCGUAGCAUACCAUCAAAAUCGGAGCCGACUCCCACGUGUGCGUAGCCAAUUCUCUUGCCCAUGUACAUGAUGUGGUCUACUACGUCUGCCAAUGUAGCCCUUUCAUUUCCUUCUUUAGUGACGUGUGCUUCCAGAAAGCAGACCAUGACAACGCCGCCAUUGAUUUUGACCAAGUCUAGCACUUCAUCAUCCACAUUGCGUACGUGUGCUGUAAGUGCAUGA